AUGACGGGCAUGUCGGGCGCCGCUGCCACCCGGGAUGGAGAGGCCCCCGAGCACUCCCCGCCCUGCAGUCCGAGCUACGAUGUCACGGGCAAGGUGAUGCUUCUGGGAGACUCAGGCGUUGGCAAAACCUGUUUCCUGAUCCAAUUCAAAGACGGGGCCUUCCUGUCCGGAAACUUCAUAGCCACCGUCGGCAUAGACUUCAGGAACAAGGUGGUGACCGUGGAUGGUGUGAGGGUGAAGCUGCAGAUCUGGGACACAGCCGGGCAGGAGCGAUUCCGCAGUGUCACACAUGCUUAUUACCGAGAUGCCCAGGCCUUGCUCCUGCUCUAUGACAUCACCAACAAGUCUUCCUUUGACAACAUCCGGGCCUGGCUCACUGAGAUUCAUGAGUACGCCCAGAGGGAUGUAGUGAUCAUGCUGCUCGGCAACAAGGCCGACGUGAGCAAUGAAAGGGUGAUCCGUUCCGAGGAUGGAGAGACACUAGCCAGGGAGUACGGCGUUCCCUUCAUGGAGACCAGCGCCAAGACGGGCAUGAAUGUGGAGUUAGCCUUUCUGGCCAUUGCCAAGGAGCUGAAGUACAGAGCCUUGUGGCACCCUGAUGGGCCCCGCUUCCAGAUCCGAGACUUUGUGGAAUCCCAGAAGAAACAGCCCAGCUGCUGCUCCUUCUCAUGAAUCCCAAGGGGCUGAAAGGAUGCUCCAGAGGCCCCCACGGAUGCACCCUCCUCCUCCAGAUCUGGUGUAUUUUGAAGCAGCCGGGAGUUGGGGGAUCCAGGGCACAGCCCCUUCCCAAGAGGGAGCUGUAUUCCCACUCUUACCCUAGUUCCUGUAGCUUCCCUGCAUCCUGGGGGAGGGUAAAUAUUUCAUUUUAAUGAUACAUAAUGUAAUGCAAAAAGGGAAGACAGGGACCUGGUGGCCCUUUUGCCUUCGGCACUAGGACUUGGGGGCGGAGGCUCCCUCCUAGCCAUGACAAGGGUGGCAUUCUCCAGCUCAGCGCCAGAGGGCAGUGAUGCACUUCUACAGUGGGAGGGCAGGAAGUGACCCCUUGCCACCCUCACCUCAGCUGGACAGGAGAGGCAGACUCCAGCUUUAUUUCCUCCUGCACCCAGGGAACAGUCUUCCCCGGUAAGAUGGGCCCUUGUGCUGGGAGCCAGACCAACGCCCAGGGAAGAUAAGCGAUGUGGAGAUUGGACAGUGACCCCGCUCUGUGGGUAGAGGAGAGAGGAGUAGCACAGGCUAGGUCUUUCGGUUUGGCUGCCUCUAGCCUGGCUAGCCCCACUCUGAAAGGUGUACCCACAAACUGAAAGCAUUUGGUUCCUGUUCUUUGGACCUCAGGUCCCAGGGGAACCCCUCCAUCCCCCCCCCCCCAAAUCCCUAGUCUUCUCUACCUUUUGGCUUGUGCCCCUGGGCACCUAAGGUCACAGCUAGGGAAAGAUUUUUUUCUUCUGCCCCAACACUUUGGCAGAUAUGCAGCCCCACAGGCUACUUCAAAUAGCUGUAGUGCUUCUACUGAGUUAAGAAUCAGAUAAGGAGAAACCCCUGACUCCUGGAACAGGUGGGAGGCAGAACCCAGCAAACCUCAUCCCGCACAUACCCCCUCCCCCCCAAACCCAAGCGCUGCCUACUUCCUGACCACUCCUGCCGUUUCCCUUCGGACAGACACAGAGACCAAAACUGUUUUAUGUCCCCUCCCACUGAGCCAGGUUAGGGAAUGAGAGGUCACCCAUUUCUGGAUAAACCAAUACAACGUGUCCAAAACAAGGUCAUGUAGGUAAGACCAGGUGAAGAGAGAGACACCAAGAAGUUUCUGUGGGGCCAAGGUCACCUGUCUCACAGAACUCUGACCCCGGCAAAUGAAGGUGAACAGGAGACAUGUGGGUCAUGACCUGAAGGAGAGAAAGAAGUACACACUGCACAUUUCUAAGGCCACUGCAUAUGCUUUCAAGGCAGAAAUCUUGCCCUCUGAGCACAGUCAGCAGCUCCAACUUGAGCCUGAUAAGGAAGCUCUCUGAGGCUUCUCCCAGGAGGAGCAGGGAGGAGCCUGACCUUGCUGGGCUCUUUGGGGGCCCAAGGCAAGUCGCAGGCAAUCCAAUCACGUGGGCAGCUCUGGGCCUCUAUCCGGUGGUGUUUUCAGAAUGAAAUUGCGGAAU